GGGCGGACACGUUCUGUGUUUCGAUACGUAGAUAUGUUUUUAACCUUUGUAUAAAUGAAAGUAUUCCACAAAAAAAUUCGUUACAAACAGCCGCGAAAAACGCUUAUGCAAUCCGAUAUCUGGUGUUUAGUAUAGGUCCCGUUCAUCUAAAAAAUAUAUUAAUGCAUUUAACACGCUGCCCGCAAUCUUCUGUUUGAAUUGUCGACUGUGUUGUUGGGAUCGAUUUUUACGUGUUAUUAAUGAAAUUACUAAGGUGUUCGAGAGUAUUACGCCACAAACAACGUGAGAGAGACUCACUUUAUCCGAAUCGCGAAACCAGAAGAUCUCGUGCCCUCGUUAUAAUCGAUAUAAGUUAAUAAAAAAUGCAUAUUUUUGCUAUGGUUUCAUAAAUGUACGCGGUCAAUACACAUCUUUCGGAUUUAUAUCAUUUAGUAUUCUAUAUUGUCGCGUCUUAUUAGUGUGUGAUAUGUUAUUUCUGUGAUCUUGUGAUAAUACUGUACAUCGUAUUACGUGAAACUUCAGAAAUUGAACCACACCGCGAAUGAUUCCGAGAUCAUACGACGUGAGAACUCCAAUCAAAUUAAAACUAAUUAGUUCUAACAGUGUAUUAUGUGGUAUAGUGUAGUGUUCAACUGUUAGUGUAUAGUCGGCCAUUUUGUAAACAAUAUGGCCGCCAUUCGUUGUGUGUUCCGCGCGGAGUACGGACGUCUCGUCGCUCACGUUUUGCUGCUUCUCUCGCUCGCUGUUUACUCUUCUUAUGGUGGCGGCUGCACGUUUCCAGAGGGCUGGACGGGCAGCUGGUUCCAGUCCGGGAAUCCGGGUCUAAUCACAAUCAACAAAACCCAUAUACAGAUGAAGGGGGAAUGCUAUGAGACAGACUCCAAUGAUAAAUUCCUUUUGUAUUACAGAAAUGAGGACUGCUACAGAUGCAUGGUGAUACACGAGAAACACAAAUACGUCUUACAGUACAAAGAGACAUACUGCAACUCCAAGGACUCUUUGUCGUCAAUGUGCGAGUCGAUCACCGGGGACGCGUCGCUCUACUCCAUGUUCAGAAAGGAGCCGAAGCCGGUGCCGCAGCCCUGCCCCUUUCACCCGGCGCCCUUCACCUUCACAUAUUAUCGAGGUUCUGAAGAGUGCACGUACCCAUUGUCCCGUGCCGAAUCGUGUACCGACGAUUCGCGGCUGCUGCUCCGGUAUAUGGCGUGCGCCGAUAUGCUCAGCUCGGAGAGCAACGUUGAAGAGUUGGUGUGCCUAGCUACGUGGAAGGAAGGCUCCACUAGGUACCUGGUGGGACAAAUCUCGCAGGUUCAGCGGAGGAAUUCUAUAGCUUCGGAUGAAGACACUUAUCGAUGUUUCAUCUACAAAGGGCAGCACACGGAUAAAACGACGACAUACACGAUAGCCCAGUCCGCGGACGCGACCUGCAACGGUCUCUCCUCGCCGAUGGACGGAAGUCGAACUAUGAAGUUGACCAGCAGUGACGACGAACACAACCGCUGCCAUUUCCCGAGCUGGAUCGUGCAGCACCACAAAUGGUUCAGUCUGGACCACACGCACCAGUACCAUUUCACCACCAAAAACGCUACCCUCAAGAUAAUCAAUGAGGACGGUUCGUUUGAGGAGCGCAGGCUGGUGUGCCACUCUAUACUCGAGCAGAAGGACAAGAAGUAUAUUAAGCUUGUUGCACACGUCACGAAGGGGUGUGAGUCUGGUCACCAGUGCGUGCAGUUCCACCGGCGCGAGUCCUCCGUGCUGGAGCUGCAGGCGGGCGGGCAGCUAGCGGACGCGCCGCACGACGCAUGCGCGCCCCAGCACCUCGCCGCGCCACACGUCACCCUCAUCACAACCUCAUUGACCCCCACCCGUUGCCCCAUUCUCGGGCGGUACUCAGUGGUCAGUUCCCUGGCCGACAGACGGAGAAGGCGGCAGCAGCUCACCAUAGGUGAUGAAGAGGCGGACGAGCAGCGCGCGGCGGAGUGCGUCGUCGGCGACUACCGGAGCGCCAGCCUCGGCUGCGGGCACGCGCAGGACUCCAUCGAGUUCCGUUCACCAUGCUCCAGCACAGUGUAUACGUGUCACGGAGCGUGGCAGGCCGGCUCGAAGGGGUUCGUGCUGGUGUACGACGCGCGCGCCGUCCGGCCCCGCGCUUCCUGCCUCGUGUACACUGCGCCGUCCGCCAACGACACGCGCGCGGGCACGGUGCAGCAGUUGUCGCUGAGCGUGAUGUCCCACUCGUGCGACCGCUCCGUGCAGCCGGGCGUCGCCGGGGACAAGGCCUACAACCUAACAUUAAACGGAACUUGCGAACAAAGCAGCAAAUAUAGCGCCGCCGUCAGCCCCGCGCCGGCGGUCUUCGUUUUGAUGACGUCACUGGCCACGCUUCCCCUCAGAUGAUACGCAGGCCACUAGACUCACCGUCUGUCUGGGUUUGGACGAGUCACAUCGAAAACUGUUUAGCUUUUUUACUAAAACUAUUAGAUGUUCUAUCAUGAUUUGUAAUUAUGGUCCAUAUUUUUUUUCUCUGUAUAGGAUUAAUAUUAUUAUCUGUGGAAAAUGUCGGUUCGAGGUUGCAAUGUUGGGAGCAAUGCGGUAUGGCUAAAUUUGGAAGAUUAUUUUUGAAGAAUAAAAAGAAAAAAAACCAUUAACAAAAAUUAGGCCAAUUUGUAUUUUGCCAACGUGUCCAAGCCCGAACGUUAGAACGCUUUUGAGGAUAUUUUUUUAAAAUUAAUAAUUUUUUUUUUUAGUAUCGCUUUCAUUGUGAUAACGUGAUUUGAUUCGGCGGCUAAAAGGUAUCAGUGUAGUAUUCGUUUGGCAGCAUUAUAUUUAUUCGCAGUGGCAACACUGAUCACGGAACUGUCAGUAUUGCUAAAUAAUCUUGGAGAUAUGCGAAACAUUUUGUGAUUUUUCGAAAGGUUUUUUUUUAUUUUGUUUUUUUUUUUCUAUAUCACAAAAUGUUUGGUAUUUGUGAAUGUGUACAUUCUUAGGAUAGGCUGGAACUUAACAAUGUUGAAAUGAAACGAAAAUUAAAUGAUUAAUUGUACAUAAUAAUAUUUUACGGUAAAACACUAUUGUCUCUUGUAGUAAUUCAGCUCGGUUUUUUUUAUUAUUUAUGUUAGUUUAAGUCUUUUCGCUUUUUGUGCUCUGGCAACUUUCGGUAGCAGUGUUGCCGGCGCACGAAACGUGAGCGUUCAUUUUGUGGGUCACAUUUUUUUUGGCGCAACGCUUUUUGUUUAUGUAUUUCGAAUAUAUUUAACAUUGAAAUAUACAUGAAUACACAUUGACUACUCUGUGCGGUUUAAAAAGCCACCACACGCGACUUUUCCUUUGGGGCAGCAGUUAGAACCGCGUUUUCUUUCUCGGCGCGGGAGGAGUCUACUUCCAAAUUUUGAGUUCAUUCAAAAAACGGUCUUAUCUAAGGCCUAUCUUGUCUCAUAGGCACUGUAAAAAAGUCCAAUCUUACCACGACAAGACCUCAUACGCACUGCCUGAGAAUCCCUUAAAAAUGGUCUCGCCAAUAUUAUUAUGAAAACAACAAUGCAACAGCAACAAGAUGACAACACAAAAGCAAGACACAGAACGAAAACAGUUUCCUAAUAUUAAUCUCAAUGCAUGACGUCAUAUGUGGGCUAAUUGUUCUAGUGUACCUUCCAUAGUUAGUCGACGGGUAGGUAGGUCCACCACCCUGCCCAUUUCUGCCGUGAAGCAGUAAUGCGUUUCGGUUUGAAGUGUGGGGCAGCCGUUGUA